AUGGCGCAGUUUGUGUUCGAGAGCGACUUGCACGGUCUGCUGAAGCUGGACACCCCGAUCCCCAACGCCCCGCUGGCGCGAUGGCAGCGCAAGGCCAAGGAGAGCAACGUCUCUGUUGCUGGCCCCGGGCCCAGCCCUGCCAGCGCCGGCAGCACUGGCCUCUCCCCCAUGAAACCAGCCAACCGGCCCCACAGCACCAGCAAAACCCCCUCCAAAACCCCCGGUAAAUCAGGAUCCAAAAUCCAGAGCACACCGACCAAGGCAGGCAGGGACCGCUACAUUCCCAACCGCAGUGCCAUGCAGAUGGAGGUUGCUAGCUUCCUCUUGACCAAAGAGAAUGAUUCUUCUGAGGAUACACCUACCAAGAAGGAGCAACAGAAGGCUUGGGCGCUGAAUCUGAAUGGGUUUGAUGUGGAAGAAGCAAAGAUCCUCCGGCUUAGUGGGAAGCCUCAAAAUGCCCCAGAAGGUUACCAGAAUAACCUGAAAGUGCUCUACAGCCAGAAAACAACACCUGGGUCCAGCAGGAAGAAUGGCAGAUACAUUCCCUCCAUGCCAGACCGGAUCCUGGAUGCGCCAGAGAUCCGUAACGACUACUAUCUGAACCUCAUUGACUGGAGUUCCCAGAACUUCCUGGCUGUGGCUCUGGAUAACUCUGUGUAUCUGUGGAAUUACUCCUCUGGAGAGAUCAUCCAGCUGCUGCAGUUGGAGCAGCCAGAUGACUACAUCUCAUCAGUGUCCUGGAUCAAAGAAGGAAACUACCUUGCUGUCGGCACUAGCAAUGCUGAGGUCCAGCUGUGGGACAUACAGCAACAGAAACGGCUCCGAAAUAUGAUCAGCCAUUCUUCCCGUGUAGGGUCAUUGAGCUGGAACAGCUACAUUCUUUCCAGUGGGGCGAGGACCGGUCACAUCCAUCAUCAUGAUGUCCGGGUUGCUGAGCACCACGUGGCCACACUUGCUGGCCACACACAGGAGGUGUGUGGGCUCAAGUGGUCACCUGAUGGCCGCUACCUGGCCAGUGGAGGCAAUGACAACCUGGUGAAUGUCUGGCCAUGUGCCCAAGGGGACAGUGGUGACUUUGCUCCUGUGCAGACCUUCACUCAGCACCAGGGUGCUGUCAAGGCUGUGGCCUGGUGCCCAUGGCAGUCAAAUGUCCUGGCCACAGGCGGUGGGACAAGCGACAGACACAUCAGGAUCUGGAAUGUGUGUUCAGGCACCUGCCUCAACGCAGUAGAUGCCCACUCCCAGGUAUGUUCCAUCCUUUGGUCGUCAAACUACAAGGAGUUCAUUUCUGGUCAUGGCUUUGCGCAUAAUCAACUGGUGGUGUGGAAAUAUCCUACCAUGGCCAAGGUUGCAGAGUUGAAAGGUCACACAGCCAGAGUCCUGAACCUGACCAUGAGCCCAGAUGGCUCAAUAGUGGCAUCUGCAGCUGCUGAUGAAACAUUGCGGCUUUGGCGCUGCUUUGAGAUGGAUCCAGUAAAGAAGAAGGAGAAGGCAGGCAGUGCCAAGAGCAGCAUCAUUCACCAGGGCAUCCGGUGAGCAUGGGAGAUGCCACUGGCAAGAGAGAUGGGGCUGCAUUUUGUACAGUAUUUUAAAUGUCAAUAAAUAUCUUAGUCUGCUUUUA